AUGGUUUCUCCUGGUAACACACAGUUUCAUCCCUACAGUUUCCUUCUUCUGGGAAUCCCAGGCCUUGAAGAAGUCAAUGUGUGGAUUGGCUUUCCAUUUUGUGUUGUGUAUUUGACUGCUCUUCUGGGAAAUGUUACCAUCAUUUAUGUGAUUCAGACUGAAGGCAGCCUCCACCAGCCCAUGUUCUACUUCCUGGCCAUUUUGUCUUCCAUCGACCUGGGUCUGUCCACAUCCACCAUCCCCAAGAUGCUCGGCAUCUUCUGGCUCAAACUGAGGGAAAUCUCCUUUGAGGGGUGCCUCAUCCAGAUGUUCUUCAUCCACCUGUGCACGGGCAUGGAGUCAGCUGUGCUUGUGGCCAUGGCCUAUGAUCGCUAUGUGGCCAUUUGUAACCCUCUGCACUACAUGUUGGUCCUGACAAACAAGGUGGUGUCAGCCAUAGCUUUGAUCAUCCUCCUGAGACCCUUGGCUAUCGCAGUUUCCUUUGUGGUGCUCAUCCUAAGACUGCCCUUCUGCGGACAUCAAAUCAUUCCCCACACAUACUGUGAGCACAUGGGCAUUGCCCGCCUAGCUUGUGCCAGCAUCAAGGUCAACAUCAUCUACAGCUUAUGUGCCAUCUCUCUCCUGGUGCUUGAUAUCAUAGCAAUCAUCUUGUCCUAUGUCCAGAUCCUACGUGCUGUCUUUCGCCUACCUUCUAGAGAUGCGCGGUUAAAGGCACUCAGCACCUGUGGCUCCCACGUCUGCGUCAUGUUGUCCUUCUAUACUCCAGCAUUUUUCUCCUUUAUGACCCACCGCUUUGGCCGAAAUGUUCCUCAGUACAUCCACAUUCUUCUGGCCAACUUUUAUGUUGUCAUCCCACCCGCUCUGAACCCUGUUAUUUAUGGUGUCAGAACUAAGCAGAUCGGAGAGAGGAUAAUUAGACCGUUCGUGAAUAAAUUAUGA